AUGUUUAUCCUAACCACCAUAUCGGAUUUGAUUCAGAUUUCACCUGAGGAUUUCUCCAAGUUCAGUGCAGUUGCACUUGAAGACAACAUCAAUGCAAAAUAUGCCAAUAAAGUCAUUCAAAAAAUUGGCCUCUGCAUCAGCUUCUAUGACCUACUUGAAUCUUCUGAUGGCCUGAUUGGCCAUGGAACCGGGUUGGUUAAUGUCAACGUUAAAUUUCGCAUGAUUGUGUUCCGACCCUUCAAAGGGGAGAUCAUGCUGGGAAAGAUCUCCAGCGGCACAGAACAUGGUAUCAAGAUUGGCCUUGAAUUCUUUAAUGACAUUCUGAUCCCACCGCAAAUGCUUAUGGAGAAAUCCCGAUUCGACUAUGCCGAGCAGGUGUGGAUCUGGGAGAGUGAAGGUGGAACGGAAUUCUUCUUCGAUGUAGGAGAAGUUGUACGAUUCCGAGUCGAAUCAGAAGAGUGGCACGACCAAAUCCCGAACGCACCAGAUGUUGCAGAUGAAACUCCCCAGGAGAGGCGCCCUCCGUACUCUAUUCUUGGCUCGAUGCAAAUGGGUGGAACGGGACCCAUCACUUGGUGGUAG